UCUCUCUCGUUCUCUGUCUUGUCUUGUGUCUUCCCCAGUCCUUUUUCUUCACAGGUUGCUGGGUCUGUCUCUGCCUCUGGUCUGCCUUUCCUGUCAGCACAGACUGUAGAUUAUGGUCCAGGAAUUCUGGUUCUUCGAUCGUUCCAAGACGCACCAGGACAGACUCUAACGCCCAACGCCUGUCUUUGUUUCUUUAAAUCCCCGUCUGUGAUAUCGUUCGAUCGACAAGGUGCAGGCACGUUGUUUUAGAUGUGCAACGAAGAAGAUUUCAGCAUUGGACUCCAUGAUCUCCCCUUCCUUCUCUCUCUUCUUCCUAGCGGUGGUGUUCACUUUUCAAGUUCCCGGAUUACAAGGGAAGACAAAAGGCGGAUCUCCGGGCGAGGUAAAAUCCGACCCGACCACGUGCCACAACUUCACGGUGGGGACCCCGAAGGAGCGAAAAUUCUAUUCUCCCAACUACCCCAACUAUUAUACCAGCAUGACUGAAUGCACCCUCAUUCUCACAGCUCCGCCGGAGAACCUGAUUUCGGUGGACUUCCGAGGGCAGGAAUUCCGGUUGGAGGAGGACGUCAAUUGCACAAACGAUUACCUGGAGGUGCGAGACGGGGCCUAUGGGUAUUCCCGGAUGAUCGGCAGAUACUGCGGCCACAAGUUCCCUCCCAUCAUCAUCAGUUCCUACCGGUAUCUCCACCUUCGAUUCCAUUCCGACGAGACCAUCGAGUACUCGGGCUUCGCCGCUCAGUAUCAGUUCAUCCAUAGCCAAGAGAAGGUCCCAGAGCGUCCUCCGUGCCGGUUCGAGGUGACGGGAGAAGAGGCUCGGAUAUCCCGGGCUGACAUCCCUUCAGAACAGGAGCAAUUCACUCAGAACCACGGAGUUCCCCUCGACUGCACCUGGGUUAUCACCGUCAGGGCUCAAUGGAUGAGUCUCCCUUUCCUCUACUCCCUCUUCAUUGGAAACGUGGAGGCGGCAAAGCUGGCUCAGAAACGAUUGUACACAUGA